UGUUUUCAAGAAACGAUCAUCAUGCGAUGAUUCUUUAAUAAAUUUAAUGGAAAUCAUAUCGAAAUUAUGUAAUUUCAACUUCAAUUUUUCUUCCCAUAAUCCCAAAACCCAUCGAUGGCAUGCUUGUUUUUGCGGCAAAUCGUCCACCAUCCGGUUGUCGUUGCCCCUACACAGACCUCACCGGAAAAUUCUCCAACUCGUCAAGAACCCGACGAGAAAAUUGAUAUCGACCACCGCGGAAACCACCACUUCCUCUGACGUUCUACGGUUGUUGGACUGCCUUGGCUUUCCCGUUCCCGAUGCGUUAUACAUUUCUCUUAUCAAAGAAUGCACCCACUUUCGCGAUGCUGAUGGGGCUCUUUUGCUACACGCACAUUUUAUCCGUAGUCGUCGCAACCAACCUCGUUUAACAUUGCUUAAUCUUAUCUUGAUCAUGUUUGUAUCGUGCGGGUGUAUACAGAAUGCACGACAGGUGUUCGAUGAAAUGACAAAAAGAGAUUUUAACACUUGGGCGAUAAUGAUUGCGGCUUAUACCGAUAGUGGUGAUUACGAGGAAGUAAUCAAACUAUUUAUAAAUUCCCAACUCCGGUACUUAAUCGAUAGUAGCGUCAGGUUCCCUGCUUCUUGGCUUUUGGUAUGCGUUCUUAAGGCUUGUGCAAACACCUUGAACUUGAAACUUGGGCAACAAAUCCAUGGUGGGUUGCUAAAAUCAGGUUACUCGGAUGACCUUUUUGUGAGUAGCUCGUUGAUCAAUUUCUACGGGAAGAUUGGAUGUUUUGAUGGUGGGGAUUUAGUUUUUGAUCAAAUCUCUUGUCGUCGUAAUGUUGUGGUUUGGACAGCUAGAAUCAAUAACAACUGCAAGAAAGAAAGAUUUCAUGAAGUUCUUGAUGUAUUUAAGGAAAUGGGGAAGGAGGGUAUAAGGAAAAAUAGCUUUACUUUCUCUGGUGUUCUUAGUGCAUGUUCCAAGAUAAGUGAUGAUGGAAACUGUGGUGAACAGGUCCAUGCCCAUGCCAUUAAAUCAGGACUAGCAUCCAAGAGUUAUGUGCAGUGUGGGUUGGUUAACAUGUAUGGAAAAUUUGGGUUGAUUAAAGAUGCGAAAAGGGUUUUUUAUAUGAAUGGAAGAAUGCAAAAUAAUGCAUGUUGGAAUGCUAUGCUUUCUAGUUUCAUACAACAUGGGUGUCAUAUUGAAGCCAUUAAGUUUCUUUAUCAGAUGAAGGCAGCUGGGAUUCAGCCCCAGGAGUUGUGGCUCAACAGAUUAAGGUCCUUAUGUGGGAGUAAAGUUCUUGAGAUUAAAUAGCCAUUGGUGGUGGGUGUUCAGGUUAGCUUUUGGUUGUGAACCCACUUUCUGGAGCUUCUUUCUGAAAGGAUGAACACCUAUUUCCAUCAGCUGAAUUGGCUGAAUACUCAAGGUCAACUAUCUCAACUCCUGUUUACCUUACUUUUAUUUGCUUAUUUAUGUCUUUAUACGUACAUAAUCUCACAUUAAAGUAAGUCUAUGUAAUGAAGCUGUAUGUAAAUCAAUUGAAUUACCUGACUUACCA